GCAGCGGGCGGCGGCGGCGGCGGCAGCGGCGGUGACCUUGCGGAGGACGCGAGCGCGGCGCCCCGCAGCCCUGUCGCCGCGCGCGCCAUGGGCAACGUGCCGUCCGCGCUGAAGCACUGCCUCAGCUACCAGCAUCUCCUGAAGGAGCAGCUGUGGAUUGGCGAAGCUGCCCCGCCGCAGCCUGCCGCUCUGCACCAGCCUGGGCAGGAAUUGCUUACAAGUGGAUUUCCUGAAUUUGUUAAAAUAGUAGAAGUUGGUCCAAGAGAUGGAUUGCAGAAUGAAAAGGCUAUAGUUCCUACAGAUGUCAAAAUUGAAUUAAUUGACCGACUUUCCAAAACAGGCCUGCCUGUCAUAGAAGUGACCAGCUUUGUUUCUUCAAAAUGGGUACCUCAGAUGGCAGAUCACACAGAAGUAAUGCGAGGAAUAGAGCAGUAUCCUGGAGUCCGCUAUCCAGUACUUACACCUAAUCUCCAAGGAUUCCAUUCAGCUAUUGCUGCAGGGGCAACUGAAGUCUCAGUCUUUGGUGCGGCUUCUGAGUCAUUCAGCAAAUUAAAUAUUAACUGCACCAUAGAAGAAAGCAUGGAAAGAUUUGAGGAUGUUAUUAGAUCUGCAAGAAACAUGGACAUCCCAGUGCGAGGGUAUGUGUCCUGUGCAUUGGGAUGCCCUUAUGAAGGAAAUAUUGCACCAGCAAAAGUUGCAGAAGUCUCCAAAAGACUCUAUAGUAUGGGAUGCUAUGAGGUAUCUCUGGGAGACACCAUUGGCGUGGGAACGCCAGGAAGCAUGAAGAGGAUGCUGGAAUCAGUUAUGCUGGAAAUCCCAGUAACUGCUAUUGCAGUACAUUGUCAUGACACAUAUGGCCAGGCUUUGGCCAACAUCCUUACGGCCAUGCAGAUGGGAGUCCAUGUGGUGGAUUCUGCUGUUGCUGGUUUGGGAGGCUGCCCCUACGCAAAAGGUGCCACCGGAAAUGUAGCCACAGAAGAUGUGAUCUACAUGCUUAAUGGCCUUGGGAUCAAGACAGGUGUGAAUCUUUACAAGGUUAUGGAAGCCGGUAACUUCGUUUGCACAGCCUUGAACAGGAAAACCAAUUCAAAAGUUGCACAAGCCUCAUUCUGUAGUUGAGCUGCAAGAAAAGCAGUGCAGUUUCUUAGAGUUAAAUUUUUGUCCAUCGAUAUGCUCUGUCUGUCUGUAGCUACAAAAGACAAUCCUAACGCAAAGAAUCAUUUUGGCAGAGGAAUGAUCAAUAUCUGAUCAGUCGAGGGCAGCUGUGUAUGAAAAAAUUGGUGCAUACUUGUGGGUCUCAUUGCCAAGCAAAACGCUUUCCAGCGUUCCUCUUGGCCCUUGAAAAUUGCCGUCCUGUGUCUGACCGUGAACUAUGUUAACUGGGUCCCAUCAGGCUUCUGAUCUUAUUGAGGACAUGGGGACAGUGCCCCCCCCACCCCAAGGAAGGGUAAUAAUGUUCAAGGGUGCAGAUAAGAGUUGAUGCAUGCUUGCUUACAGUGUGAGGAGGCACAUGUCUGUUUCAUGCAGAGAAAAUGCUCCUUCUGUCCAUUGCUUUAACUGAGCAUUCUUCAAUAGGAGACGUUGCCCCAGAAGUACACCAGAGUCAGCUGAAGUAAGCUGUAUUCCAUGAAAGCUUGUGCUACAAUAUAUUCAUCAACCUUUUAAGAUUCCUCUUUGCUUCCCUCCGAUUCCUCCUCUUGAAACAAAAAUGUGUGCUUUCUGGUGCAGUCUGCUGACCUAUUUAUAAAACGUACACCCCGCCCAAGAAAGAUUCUGUACUUUGGCUCCAAAUGUUGAAUGAAUGAAUAAAUAAAGUGAUCUGUCUUCA